AUGAACAAAGGAACAAUUUGCAAGCAUCUGAAAGCUCCACAGACACCGAAGAAAAAAACAGGCAUGAUGAUGAAUAGUUGCAUAAGAUUAUUUGCUCUGCUACUUACAAUUUCUCUGACUCAUGCCAGUGGUGUAGUUGGCAGCACCGGAGGAGCCGCUAGUCUAGCAAGAAGAAACGUUGGUGUUCAACUUAUUGGUGGUACUGGAAUAUCCGCUACUCUGACUGGAAGUGGUGCUAGUCAAUCAAUCACACUCAGUAUCAAUGCAUACCUCAGAUUGAUAUACUAUGUAUCCGCUCUUGAAAAAGUUUGCUACAAUGCUAUCCAAGGGGGUUGGAUGCCUAGCGGAUUAAUCGGUGGUCUUGGUUCUGGAUUCACUGGUCAAUUGGGUGGUGGAAUUGCCGGACAGUUAGGAGGGUUUGGAGGUCUUGGUUCUGGAUUCACUGGUCAAUUGGGUGGUGGAAUUGCCGGACAGUUAGGAGGGUUUGGAGGUCUUGGUUCUGGAUUCACUGGUCAAUUGGGUGGUGGAAUUGCCGGACAGUUAGGAGGGUUUGGAGGUCUUGGUUCUGGAUUCACUGGUCAAUUUGGUGGUGGAAUUGCCGGGCAGUUAGGAGGGUUUGGAGGUCUUGGUGUGGGAGGAUUAACAGGAAGUUUGGGUGGUGGAAUAUCUGGUGGAUUCGGCAGUGGGUUUGCUGGUAGAACUAGUGGAUUUGGAAGUUCAAGUCUCUCAGGUUCCCUUCAAGGAAAUUUAAGAGCUGGAAUAGGUAGUGGGGCAAUUGCAAAAGGUAUGAAUAUGAACCUGGGAUUAUCAAACAUUUAA